ACGAGCACUGAAAAAGACGUAACUUUUAAUUCGUCCUGAAUUUCGCGGAAUACAGUUUUUUCUUCAUUCUGCAAAAAGUUUUGCUCUUUGAAUUCUUUAAAAAAUCAAAAGAAAAGUGUUUGUGAACUGCAAUUCUAUUGAAUUUUCAAGUUCUUCGACUGAGAAACCAACUCCAUGUUGCAAAAUCUAAAGAAAAUAAAUCGCGUAAACCUAAAGUGAAACAAAAAUUCCAAUUUAAUGAAGAAAACAUCAAAAUCAAAGUGAAAAUUUGUAAAAAGAAAAAAAAAAUUGUUGUCCCAUUCUUGCCUCCCACUCGUUUGUUCGUCGAUGUCGAUGAUUCUUCUCAAUCUCGAUUCUUGGUGUUUUGUUAUUCGAUUUUCUUCAAUAUUGUAGAAUCAUAUUUUAUUAACAUCAAGCCUAUUUUUCUGCAUUAUCUCAAUCUCAAGUCUUCGUUCGUUCGUUGUUUUGCAUUAUUCUCUUCUCGUUCGUCGUCGUUUGGUCGCGUUUCAGUGAAAUAUACAUAAAAGAAAAACAAGUGAAAAUUAAAUUCGAAAUAUCUUGCUUUUCCGAAUAAAGUUUGUGCCAAGAAACACAAAAGUUCAAUACAAAUUGAUUUUACAAGAAAAAUAAAAAAGAAAGUUAAAACAAAGAAAACAAGUUUGAGAAAAUAAAAGGCAGACAAAAGCCUCGCAACUAAUCGAAGAAAAUAAAUAUUAAUUGUUUUUCGUGUUCCUCCCAGUGACUUGUGCAUUUUCUUUUUGCUGCUUCUGCUGCUCCAGAGUCCAGAACUAGGAUAAUAAAGAUAAAGAAUCCCUGGAUACAAAAUACCACAAAAUACUAUACACGAGAUUUUUAACUUCUCUUCGUGUGAAAAAGGAAAAAGGAGUGGCGCUUGGAUUUUUGUCGAUUCGCUCUGUAUUCGUCGUCGGCGCAUUGUUGUUGUUUUAUUUGCUUUGCUUUGGUUUGAUUGCUUUGCUGCUGCUGCAAUUCAAUUGCGAGGAUUUAAUUUGGAAAUGAAUUAAGGCAAGACGACACGAAAUGAUACACCAGAAUGAUGUCAACUCAAAGUACUAUUAGUAGGAACUCAAUAAUUAACCUUCUUCAAAUGAGUUAAACAAAAAAAGUUUAAAAAAACAACGACGAAACAAUUUGUCAUUUAAUAUAAAAAAUGAAUAAUGGUUGUGAAGCACUUUUUUUAUCUGACAACAGCAACAAAAUGGAAAAAAUAACUCAUAAAAUCACUCAAUAGGAAUCAACUUUGAUCCAAAACAGAAAAUUUAAACUCAUCAUUUUCAUCCCACUCACUCACUUAAACAAAUCAAAACAAAUAAUCACUCACUCAAUUUUUAUGUCUAACUCAAUGAGUAAAUAAAUUCCACUCUUUCAAAACAUACCCUACCAACAACGAGAGAGAGAGAGAGAGAAAGAAAAAAUCACUCAAUAUGAAUUCGGUCAUUUCAGCAUUUAAGGCGAAAAAAGCUUCGAAUGGUGGAACAAAUGGCGUCGGAGGCGGUGGUGGUGGUGGGGGAGGGACAGCAACAACAACAACCCCUAACAUAACCACAUGCAAUAACGAGAAAAACCAUCGAUCGAGUAAUAAUAACUCAAAUCACUCAACUCCAAAUGGUAAAAAACUCAAUUUGAGCUCACAAGAAAAUGGAUACCAGUACCUUAGACACAUACGCGAAAUAGAUACUGCGACGAAAAUGCUCUCAUCUGUAGCACUCAGCCCCGAUGAUCUGCUUGAGGGUGAUAAAAUGAAUUUCCGUCCUCGGAUGUGCGUCGAUGUGGUUGAUCAUGCAACAAUUGUGGGACCACCACAGCCGGCUUCUAUUAUCGAACCACUCAUUUUAGACGUCAUCGGGAGUAAUAAUUGUAAUAAUUUGAGCCAACAAAAUUGUGAUACAGCAGUCAGCACAAGCAGCAGCAGUCCCCAUCGGACUGGCAGUAGUUGUACGGUAACGGAGGACGAUGAUGAAUCAUCGUCAGCAGCAUGCACGAGCAGUUCGAGUGAAUUGAGCCAGAGUACUGUUAUUGUUCCAACUCAAACAUUGAGUAGUCCUGCGAAAAGUCUGAGUGGUAGCAUUAGUUAUAGUAGUUGUAGUAAUAGCAGUAGUAGUUGUGACAUAACGACAAUUGUAGAUACGCCCUCAACAAAUACCGAAACAACCGUUACAACGGCUUCAGCAAAUAGCACUCAAAAUGAGUGUAGUAAUUCGAUGGAGGACGAUCUGGAAGAAAGUACGAGUCCUAUUGCUGUUUUGACUGCUCCCAAUUCACCUUCUUCUUCAGCUGCAGCGCGAACAACGCUGCCGUCUUCGGUGACCUUGAAGACUCCUCCGACGAUGAGACCUAUGGGCGGUAGUAACAUAACAUUGCCAAUUAUAAUGCCGAAUGAAAAUAGCAGCUUGGGGUCAUGCAACGGUACACAAGGAACAUCAAAUUCAGCUACAACAACGCCGAAAAGUGCCCGCUAUUCAAAACCUCGACUGAGUUUGAGUCGAUUUGUGAAUCACUCAAUGCCUUCAGUGCAUGGGAGGCCAAAUGCAAAUGGCAUGAAUGGAAAUGUUGGCGGUGCAAAUGGGGUCAAUGGUACAACGACGAAUGGGGGACAACCCAAACGACUGUCGACACAUCAAAGGAAUCUGAGCUUGGAUUUUCGAUCAAUGGGAAUUUUGUUACCUCCGGUGUCACAAGUGACAAAUACACGCAUCAAUCUUACGCAACAUCAUCGAAAUCGUAGUUUAGAUAGUGCCCUACAGCGAAUACCUGAGGUCGAAGUAUCAUCACCAAAUGCCGAAAGCGAAAACACAUUCUGCACAAAUUCCAUUCUCGGUUCGACAAUGUGCUCCAAAAUUGUCACAUCGACAGUAAGCAGCAAUAGUCCAAUAUCAUCAACUUGCAUUGUAGACCAAUCAUCAGAACAACAAUGCAAAUUAUCAUCACUUACAUCAUCAACAUCAUUGUCUACAGCUUCCAGUGGUAAUUCCAGUGUAAUUGUUGAACCUUGUUCAAGAACAAAAUCAAGUGAAAGUUCCAGCUGUAACAAUAAUAUAAGCAGUUCAAGUUCAAGUAAUAAACUUCCUAUAGUUGUUCCUUUGUCAAAAGUUGCUGUCGUCGUUGCAGAUAAUAACAACAGUAAAAAGCGUGAAGACCUAACAAGUUUAGGUUCUGACGAUUCAGGAAUAAUUUGCGGAUCUGAAUCAGACCAAGUCUCCCUGAAUCGCAUUCGUCAAUCACACGAGAGUCUUGAUUCUGGUGAAAUGGACGCUGAAGAGGAAUGCAUUGAAAUCCUCGAUACCACGUCCAUGGAUGAGGAGUACGGUAUGCUGCAGUCAGACCUAUGUUUCUAUCAAUCCCCCGACACUGACUGUCAGACUUUGAGGCCUCGGAAGAAGCACGAUGAACGAACAACACCCACAUCGGAGUCCAUGAUGAGCGGCGAGAAUGAUAGAACAACGACACGCUAUAAUGUCGAAAACAAUCGUAUUUGUGUGCCAAUUUGCAUCAACAAUAGUCCAUCGUCACCAGUGCCCAAUGAUAGUGGCAGUGAUUUGGCGACUCCAACAUCGCCAUCAUCCGAGGAGAACAUCCUACCCAUAUCGACAACGACGUCGACGACGGGUAAAGCAGCAGCAGCACAAAAAGCCAACGAUACUCUGGAACCGGCCAACAAGUCCGAGCACAUCCGCAACGAAGUACUUUUCAAGAAUUUUUUUGGUGCCACUAAGAAUGCCAUUUUUCGCACAGCCCAGAGCAUAAUUGAAAAUCACGAGAAAAAGAAUGCCGCCAAAAUAAAAGCAGGCGAACAUCAGGACAAUGCAUCGAUUGUAAGUGGCGACAUCAAAUCUCCGACAGAAAUUUCAAAGAAAAAGGAAUUUCUGCGAUUGAUUUCGUCGAAUGGCAGUAAAAAAGCAGCUGCAGCGGCGGCUAUAAAAAUAAAUUCCCCCACAGAAGAAGUCCAACCAUUGCCAAUGCUCACAGUGACACCAGUCGGGACAACACCCACUGAACCGGAUGUCAAACCAUCGCUAAUCAAGUCGUCCGGUUCGAUGUCCUCACUUAACAGGCUAAAAGCUGUUCCUGGGGUAGUAAAGUGCUUUGUCCGUGAAAAGGAACCACUACGUGAACCAACUAAGACUGAGAAGGGUCCAAACGGGCUUUUGCGUUUCUUCGAAUCGCCCGUCUUCAAUAUACAUUUUGCCAUCCAUUAUUUGUUCUAUUCCAAGGAGCCCGGAGUGCUAAGUUUUAUUGGGAAUAAGAUUUUUAGUUUCCCCGAUCAGGAAGUGGAUCUUUACAUUCCUCAAUUGAUUGUAAUGUACAUCCAAAUGGAUGAAUUAGCUGAGGUCUUGGAUCCCUAUCUGACCAUUCGGUGUAGAAAGUCGGUUGAUUUUUCGUUGAAAUGCCUCUGGCUGCUAGAAGCAUACAACUACCAAAUCGAUUCGAAUUCCCUUUCGAGUAAAAAGACACAGCUGGCGUUGAUGAAGGAGAUUUUCUCGAAAAAAGAACGCAAGCAACUCAAGACACAACAAGUGGUUGCGUCACCAGUCAAGAAAACUCAUCAUCGUUCACAGUCGGAUGCGACGGUUCUGCUCAGUGGAUCUCGUCUGUCAGCGGCGAAAAUGCCCUCAUUACCAUUCCCUUCAACGCCGGCGAAACUCUGCCUCGGAGAUCUGACCUCUGGACGGGCGUUCGACAAUGGUUGCACAUGUUUCGAGUCAGUUCGUGGAACAGUCAACGAUCUUCUUGGCCAUAAAACAGUCUGCAUGUGUGGUGCACCCAAAUCUGCUCCACAAAAAGAGUUCAUGAAGGCGCUCAUAAAUGUUGGCAAGAAUCUUACAUCCCUCACAUCGAAAGCUGAAAAGACAAGCGCGUUGCGAAUGUUCUUAAACUUAAUAAACAAAAAUCUUCCCGCCCGAGUAUGGUUGCCAUUGUAUUCUGAUAUUCCACAUCAUGUGGUUCGCAUCACUGAGGAAAAGACUGCAGUUCUGAAUUCCAAGGACAAGACCCCGUACAUCAUUUAUGUUGAAGUUGUCGAGGUUAACGACAUCUAUUCAUCGCCGGUGAUUUUGAAAAUGAUGCCCAGCCUAAGGCAUACAAAGAGUGAAGAGCAUUUGGAGUUGAAAGACUGUUGUAGUAAUAGUGGCAUAGCUGGAGCUGGAAAAACAUCAGAAUCAUCAACAGAAUCACACACCGCACUGGACACUUUAUUGCAUUCAUGUUUGGACGAUGUGUGGUCGCAGGAAGACGAUGAAAUAACAGCGCAAUAUUUGAAUAUGCGAAAACAGCUUUGCGAGCGAGAUUCUGUGUCACAAAUGUCAUUAGAUUCCUGUGACUCAAGGGAUCAAGGUAAUGGAAUUCCAGCGUUGUUUAAUAUCGGAGAUGUCCGGACGCGGCACUGUAAUAGCUUGAGUUGUGAGAACACAAAGUCUUUCAGUAAUGAUCCAGAAGAUCCUUCAGCAGCUGCUUUAAAGGAACCUUGGCACGAAAAGGAAAAGCAAAUAAGAGAUUCCUCACCAUAUGGCCAUCUUUCCAAUUGGCGACUCCUUUCAGCGAUUGUAAAAUGUGGAGAUGAUUUAAGACAAGAAUUGAUGGCUACGCAAUUACUUCAAAUGUUCAAAAUUAUUUGGGAUGAAGAAAACGUCGAUCUGUGGGUGAGACCAUACAAAAUUGUAUGCUUAUCAAAUGACAGUGGUCUGAUAGAACCUAUCCUAAAUACCGUAUCACUGCAUCAAAUCAAAAAGAAUUCAAACAAAAGUUUGAGAGACUAUUUUAUUGAUGAGUACGGCGAUGCUGGGGGUGAAAAAUUCCGAACAGCACAAAAGAAUUUUGUGCAAAGUUGUGCAGCUUAUUGUUUGAUUUCGUACUUGUUGCAAGUCAAAGACAGACACAACGGAAACAUUCUCCUCCAUUCAGAUGGCCAUUUGAUACACAUUGAUUUUGGUUUUAUCCUUAGCAUAUCACCAAAGAAUUUAGGGUUUGAACAAUCCCCAUUCAAACUUACCCCAGAAUUUGUCGAUGUUAUGGAUGGAACAUCCUCAGAUUUAUGGACUGAAUUUAAUCGUUUGUUACUCGUUGGAAUGAUGACUGCACGCAAACACAUGGACAGAAUAAUAAAUUUUGUCGAAAUAAUGAGAAGCAAUGCUUUCCCUUUUCUAGAUGCUCAAUUGCCAUGCUUCAAAAACGGUUGCUCCGGCACCGUUCAGAAUCUCCGAAAACGUUUCCACAUGAAUCUUACAGAACAAGAAAUGGAACGUAAAGUCGAACAACUUGUCCAAGACUCUUUAAAGAGUCUCUCAACGAAACUUUACGAUGGCUAUCAAUAUUACACGAAUGGAAUAUUGUGAGAAAGGUUUUCAAUUAAAAUCUAAAAUUUUCAACAACAACAGAAACAAAAAUAAUAUAAAACUAAAUCGAGGGAAAACUAAAACAAAAUAGGAAACGAAAAAAGUUUAAAUUCCAUUUCUCUCUCUUAAAAAAGUUCGUAUCUGUAAGUAAAUGCAUUUUUUAUGAAAUCGUCUUUCUCCACUUUCUCUUAAAUUCUCUCUUUAUGUGCAAAUGAGAGAACGAUUGAUCGUCUGUUGCAUGUAUGAGGGUGUGUAUGUUAUAUAUAACUGUAAAAUAAACAAAUUAAAAUUAAUUGUAAUUGUAAACUUUAUCAACAAAAAAUACACAACAUGCGUAUAAAACAAAAAACAAAAAUAUUAAUAAAUAAAACACGAUGUAUUUUAUAACUUUUUGCGUGCGUAUGAUUCCUCUUUUUCUACAACCAUUUAUGUAAUAAAAGGAAUGUUAGUUGAAAAUAUGCUUGAGAUAUCCCCAGAGUGUGACGAUAGAUUCAUAAAUAAAAUAAUUAUUACCUACAUUAAAAAUAAAUCUAAACUAAGCUUUGCAGUUUUCUCUAUAACAAAAAAAAUAAAUGUAAUUGUCUAUAUAAAUAAAUUUAAUAAACAAAACAGAAAAAACAAAACAACAAACUUAUAUAACGAUUUUAUAUGUGCUAUUUCUUAUUCAAAAACAAAUAAAUAUAAAUAAAUAUAUUAAUAGAUAAAAAAGUAAACAAAUUGUAGUUAGUGUCUUCUUCCAUAUUAAAUAAAUAAUUAUUAUUAUUAGUUUUAAUUAUUCAUUUGGCUUGUGGAACAGGCGUUAUAUACAAAGGUUUACUCUUAAAAUAAAAUAAAACAAAACUUAAAAAGGUCUUAAUCUCGUAUUUUCUAAUCGAUGUAUUUUUUUCUCUUCGAUAAACUUUCGUCUUUGCUGUGUAGAACUCUGUCGUCUUUAUUAAUUCCAAACAUUCAAAAACAAAAUCUUCGAUUAAAAAUAAAACUAAAUUCAUUAAACAUAAAAAUCGAUCAAAUGGAAAAUAAAUUUUAAAAAAAUAUAUAAUAACAAAAAAAAAAUCUAUUUUUUCUGUGAAAAAGUACGAAACAUUAAUUGUUUGCAAAAUAAAAUUAAAAACACAAAAAUAUUUAUAUAUAUAUACAUACAUACAAUGCAUAAAGGCAAUUUUAGUUAAUAAUAUUAAAAUUAUAUAAAUAUAUAUACAUAUGUUUAAAAACAUUUAUAAAAUAACGUUAAGAACAUUGAAAGAAAAUUUUGAAUUCAAAUCAAACGAUUCCAUGGAAUAAAAACAAAAUUAAUUAAAUUUUAAAUAUUUAUGAGUGUUUUGAGAUAAAAAUAUUAAAAAAUAAAACAAAAAUAUUUAUGAUUCAUAAGAGGAGAAAAUCCACUCAUUGCCAAAUGUAUAAAAUUAAAAAAACAAAAAACAACUCGAAAAUAAAAUUUUAAUCUUAAUUAAGUUUCCUUAUUGAAAAAAAUACAAAUUUUUGUAGGUAUACAUUACAAAAGAAAAUGAAAAACAAA